AAUAAAGAGUUAUAUCAUUUGGGUUAAAGGUCUUGUGAUAUGUCACAAUCCCAACUAAGGGCAGGACCCAGGCAGAAAAGGAGAGUCACUUCCUUUGAUGACUGGUCCAGAGAUACAUUACAAUUUCCCCUGAGGACAGCUCUCAUGCAGAAGAGGAACUGAAUAUACUGCAUGGCCCAGGUAUCUGCAGAUUUAUGGCUAAAAGACCAGGACCCCCUGGAAGCCGAGAAAUGGGACUGUUGACAUUCAGAGACAUAGCUAUAGAAUUCUCUCUGGAGGAGUGGCAAUGCCUGGAUUGUGCUCAGCGGAAUUUAUAUAGAGAUGUGAUGUUAGAGAACUACAGAAACCUGGUCUCCCUGGGUAUUGCUGUCUCUAAGCCAGAUUUGAUCACCUGUCUGGAGCAAAAUAAAGAGUCCCAGAAUAUAAAGAGAAAUAAGAUGGUAGCCAAACACCCAGUUAUGCAUUCCCAUUUCACCCAAGACCUUCAGCCAGAGCAGGGCAUCAAAGAUUCACUCCAAAAAGUAAUGCCAAGAACAUAUGGAAAAUGUGGACAUGAGAAAUUACAAUUUAAAAAAUGCUGUAAAAGUGUGGGUGAAUGUGAGGUGCACAAAGGAGGUUAUAAUGAAGUUAACCAAUGUUUGUCAACUACCCAAAACAAAAUAUUUAAGACUCAUAAAUAUGUCAAAGUCUUUGGUAAAUUUUCAAAUUCCAAUAGACAUAAAACAAGAUAUACUGGAAAGAAACAUUUCAAAUGUAAAAACUAUGGCAAAUCAUUUUGCAUGCUUUCACACCUAAAUCAACAUCAGGUAAUUCAUACUAGGGAGAAGUCCUACAAAUGCAAAGAAUGUGGCAAAUCCUUUAACUGCUCCUCAAACCAUACUACACAUAAAAUAAUUCAUACUGGAGAGAAACCAUAUAGAUGUGAGGAAUGUGGCAAAGCCUUUAGCUGGUCCGCAAACCUUACUAGACAUAAGAGAACUCAUACUGGAGAGAGACCCUACAAAUGUGAAGAAUGUGGCAAAGCCUUUAGCGUAUCCUCAACCCUCACUGACCACAAGAGAAUUCAUACUGGAGAGAAACCCUACACAUGUGAAGAAUGUGGCCAAGAUUUUAGGCGCUCCUCAGCACUUACUAACCACAAGAGAGUUCAUACUGGAGAGAGACCCUACAAAUGUGAAGAAUGUGGCAAAUCCUUUAGCUUAUCGUCAACCCUCACUGACCACAAGAGAAUUCAUACUGGAGAGAGACCCUACAAAUGUGAAGAAUGUGGCAAAGCCUUUAGCUUAUCCUCAACCCUCACUGACCACAAGAGAAUUCAUACUGGAGAGAGACCCUACACAUGUGAAGAAUGUGGCCAAGACUUUAGGCGCUCCUCAGCACUUACUAUCCACAAGAGAAUUCAUACUGGAGAGAGACCCUACAAAUGUGAAGAAUGUGGCAAAUCCUUUAGCUUAUCCUCAACCCUCACUGACCACAAGAGAAUUCAUACUGGAGAGAGACCCUACACAUGUGAAGAAUGUGGCAAAGCCUUUAACUGCUCCUCAAACCUUAUGCAACAUAAAAGAAUUCAUACUGGAGAGAAACCCUACAAAUGUGAAGAAUGUGACCACGCUUUUAAGUGGCAUUCAAGUCUUGCUAAACAUAAGAUAAUUCACACUGGAGAGAAACCCUACAAAUGUGAAUAAUGUGGCAAAGUCCACCCUCAGGCCUUAUAAUACAUAAAAUAAUUCAUACUGGAAAAAAACACUACAAGUGUAGAGAAUGUGCCCAAGCAUUUAACCAGUUCCAAACCUUAAUUGAACGUAAGAGAAUUCAUAUUGGACAAAAAUUUUAUAAAUGUAAAAAAAUGUAACAAAGCCUUUAACCAACCCUCAAACCUUAAUGAACCUAAGAGAAUUUAUUUUAAAAAAUUUUUUUUGAGUUGGAGUCUCCCUG